AUGUUAAAAUUUAAUAGCAGGAAAGCUGUCAGUGCAUUUAUUUUAGUUCUUUAUGUAUUCGUUGGUGUGCCCUUGUGGUUUUAUUUAACUUCGAUUUACAGAGCAAAAUUACCCGAAAAAUAUAUUGAAUCUUUAUAUGAAGAUAAAUAUAGAGAUGUGCAUAUGGUUAUUCCUGUUUUUAUCAGGUCUGAGACCUAUCGAUUCCCUGAUAUCCAUGAUGCAGUACAGACACAAGUAAACUAUCUGUUGAACUCAUUUGAUCAACCAAUUAGAUGGUCUCUUCAAGUUUUACCAUAUGAUGAUGAGUUAAUAGAAUCAGCAAAGUUGAAAAAUUCAACAUACCAUAUUGUUAAUUUGGUAUUGGAUUCAGCUGUUAGUUUAUAUGUAUCAAAUGAAUCGGAUGAAACUGUAGUGUUUUUUGAUGAUGAGUCAGUAGUUAACAAUGAUCUCCCAUUUUAUGUGGCUCAAACCAUUGUUGAAUUUACUUACGAAUUGGAAAAACAAUAUUUAGCUACAAAGGAUUUAGUACCAAAAAAUAACUAUUCAAUACCAUAUAAUCCUAAUAUCCAUUUAAGCCUAACAUUAUUAUCAGGAGAUGGAGCACCAAUUGCUUGGGAAAUAGACUCCUCUCUGAAAAAAUACUUUUCACCAAUAAGAAAAUUUUUGGCACCAUAUACAAACUUUACAGUAGAUACAAGUAUUGUAUAUUUCAAUGAUUUGAAUUUAAGUGCACUGGAAAAUAAAACGAAUAUUACUGAAAAUGACCUUUCUUCAGUCUUAGAUUUAUCGGAACUGUCAUCUUUGAAUGAAUAUUCAGAAACUUCGGCAUUAAAUUUGGCAAUUGUAUUCCCUGGGAAACUGUCAUCUGACAAAGGUUUACAGUAUAUAAAUCCAUCAGUUCCAAACAACUCAAGCGUUGCAAACUGGGAAAGUUUUAUUAUACCUAGAUGGGGGGCAUUGAUUGUAAACAAAUUCCCAUUGGAAGAAAAUACUUUGAUUACAGAAGGCUAUCUAUCAGAAGUUUUAUAUACUCUAUCACAAGAAUUGUUCGUCCUAAUUGGUCUUACAAACAAUACAAACGUGGGAAAUGUUACAACCCCUCAAAUAACAUUGAACUCUUUUAAAAGAUUAUUGACUUUAAAAAAUAUGGGCAUAGCAGUUGAUACAUUGCAUGCUCUUGUGAUGUUGGUAAAAAACUUCCCUCAAAUUUCAGUUCCAAAGGAUGUUUUGAAUGAUGUGAUAGCUGCACUUGAAUUGAGAAUUGAAAUUGCUGACUUAUUAAAUAAUCCAAUGGUUGGUGAUGACGUUGCCUGGAGCAAUGCAUUAUCCAUGAGUAAUAAGUUGGUAGAAUUGUCUGAAGCAGCUUUCUUCCAUGGAGAAAUGGUUCAACAAAAUUAUUUUCCUCAAGAACAUAAGAUCGCAGUUUAUCUUCCAUUGUUGGGCCCAUUGUCAUUAAUUUCUCUGUUUGGUUUCAUAAAAGUGAUGAGGGAUAAAGAUUCAGCUUCUGAAAAGGCCGAAACUAAAGCUGAAGAUAAAGAUGAGACAACAUCAACAAUUUGUGAUUCCAGUGAUGAAAAAUCUACUCUUGAUGGUGAUAACUCUGGUGAUGAGUUAUCAAAGGAAAUUUAG